UUUCUUUUGCCCGUCUCUCUGGUCAUUUGCAAUGACAUCAUGGCUUAUGUGUGCGGAUUCUUCUUCGGCAAAACACCCCUGAUCAAAUUGUCUCCAAAGAAGACUUGGGAAGGAUUUAUCGGUGGCGGACUGGCAACUGUGGUGUUCGGUUUCGUUUUUGCCCUGAUCCUCAUUCGUUACGACUAUUUUGUUUGUCCGCUUGAAUGGGACGAUACCGUGGGUCGUUUGACCGCGGAGUGCACACGCAACCCGGUCUUUGUUCCACGGACAUAUAACGUGUCCAAGUGGCUCGUACGUUUGUUUUCUUUCACAUAA